AUGAUCGAAGCCAGGGCGAGGGGCGACGGACAGGGGGCGCGAGGGAGGAAGACCCGAGGGCAACGGCGGAAAGCACCGGGGAGGAAAGGGGGGCGGAAAAUCGAAGAAGACGGAAGGCUCGACGAAGAAAAAAGAACAAAAGAAAGAGAGGAGGUUGUCGAGACAGACCUCACGAAGGAUGCGGAGGGUGGGAAAGGGGAGGAGAGAGAGGUACUGGGCGCCCUAUACCAAGGUAUGGCCACCACAUCCCAGCCGAGGAUGGCGCGCAACGCAGACGGUACACAAACAGGCGAGACUAUUUCCUGCUCUGAGGAUCCCCUUGCUGCGCCUGUGAUAGAACGAAACGGGUGCGAGGCCCGAGGGCUGAUCCUCGCAUGUGGAGAGCAAAAGGAAGGUCGGACGGCCUGA